CCUUGACCCCUCUCUGAUACAACGCCACUUCUCCAAUUUCAACCUCAUGCGAUUGCAAUUGUUCAGAACUUCAGUCGCACUGUCAAAACCAAAGAUCCGAACCGCUCCAUCAUUUCGACUCGAACCCCAAACAAAACCUUCAUCGAUCAAUAAAAAAUACCACAAGAUGGCAAUGCACGGACACAGCGCAGCUUGCUGCAGCAUCCCUCCCAUUGUAUCCAAAGGCUACGAACCCAAGGGAAAAUACGAAACAAUCGGUGGUCUAAAGACCUACGUCACUGGUCCAGCCGAUGCAACCAAAGCCAUUCUGUACAUUUACGACAUCUUCGGAUACUUCCCUCAAUCGCUCCAAGGAGCCGAUAUCCUCUCAACCGCAGACGACAAAACCAAGUACCAAGUUUUCAUGCCUGAUUGGUUCGAGGGUAACCCUGCUGAUAUCUCCUGGUACCCUCCCGACACAAAAGAAAAAGGCGAAAAACUAGGAAACUUCUUCCAAACGACCGGUGCCCCUCCCGCAACCGCCGCGAAAGUCCCCAAAAUCCUCAAAGAAAUCGAAUCGAAAUACAGCUCAAUCAACACCUGGGGCGUAGUCGGCUUCUGCUGGGGCGGAAAGAUCGUAUCUCUGACUACAUCCACAACAUCUACACCAUUCAAAGCUGGAGCAGAAUGCCAUCCUGCGAUGGUUGAUCCCUCCGAGGCGGAGAAUAUCAAGAUCCCGCUGUGCAUGUUGGCCAGCAAGGACGAGCCGAAGGAUGAUGUGGAGAAGUUUGAGAAGAAUUUGAAGGGCGAGAAACAUGUUGAAAUUUUUGGAGAUCAAAUUCAUGGAUGGAUGGCUGCUAGGAGUGAUUUGGAGGAUCAGAGGGUCAAGAGCGAGUACGAGAGGGGAUAUAAGACUUUGUUGGAGUUCUUUGGGAAGUAUUUGUAAGUGGUAUUUCGUUGUAGAGCGGAACGGGGGUGAAGUGGAUGCUGAGCAGACACUGAUGAGUCGUUCCUGGAGGUAGGAAUGGGAAUUAUGCAAAACUAUGAGGUUAAUGCUGAUGGAGGGGCGAU